GGUGUUGGUGCCAGAAGAAAAGAAUGAUUGAUGGGAAACAGACACCGGGCUAUCGACACUCAUCCUUUUGCUUCAGAUACUGAUAUCUCAGUGAGUCUAAUCUCCCCUUCUGAGCUGUGAACAUCGAGGAUCACUCAGGGUUAUCGGAUGUACAACGGAAGACCCCUCACUUUGCUAAAUUAUUAUCUGCUACUGGACAUCUUUUACAAAAACCAAACUAGACCCAUGUCUAAUAGAUAUGUUCUAGGACAAAGAACACGCUGCAAGUUGCUGUUAACGCCUGCCACACAAGCAUGUUAGGCUUCCACCAAAGUCCUCCCUAUUUCCAAACACGCACAAUAUCUUAACCCUUCGCGUUUGGUUUUGGAGUCUGAUUUGACGUCUAGCCCUCUUUUUUUCGUCUUCUUUGAAUAUAAGACCUACCAACCUAUAGACAUAUAUGUAUAUGUAUGUAUAAAACGGACGCAGAUCCCAGAUAAGCAAACUCUGCUUUAGUUACCAAGAAGAUUGCAAAGAAUUUAGAGAUGUAUUUGUCAAGAUUCUUGUCAAUUCAUGCCCUUUGGGUUACAGUGUCCUCAGUGAUGCAGCCCUUCCCUUUGGUGUGGGGACAUUAUGAUGUAUGUAAGACUCAGAUUUACACAGAUGAAGGGAAAGUUUGGGAUUACAUGGCCUGUCAGCCGGAAUCCAUGGACAUGACCAAAUAUCUGAAAGUGAAACUGGAUCCUCCAGAUAUUACCUGUGGAGACCCUCCUGAGACCUUCUGUGCAAUGGGCAACCCCUACAUGUGCAAUAAUGAGUGUGAUGCAAGCACCCCUGAGCUGGCACAUCCCCCUGAGCUGAUGUUUGAUUUUGAAGGAAGACAUCCCUCCACAUUUUGGCAGUCUGCUACUUGGAAGGAAUAUCCCAAGCCUCUCCAGGUUAACAUCACUCUGUCUUGGAGCAAAACCAUUGAGCUCACAGACAACAUAAUUAUUACCUUUGAAUCUGGACGUCCAGACCAAAUGAUCCUGGAGAAAUCUCUCGAUUACGGACGAACAUGGCAGCCCUAUCAGUAUUAUGCCACAGACUGCUUAGAUGCCUUUCACAUGGAUCCUAAAUCCGUGAAGGAUUUAUCACAGCACACAGUCUUAGAAAUCAUUUGCACAGAAGAGUACUCCACGGGGUACAUGACAAAUAGCAAAAUAAUCAACUUUGAAAUCAAAGACAGGUUCGCAUUUUUUGCUGGACCUCGGCUACGCAAUAUGGCUUCCCUUUAUGGACAGCUGGAUACAACCAAGAAACUCAGAGAUUUCUUUACAGUCACAGACCUGAGGAUAAGGCUUUUGAGACCAGCCAUCGGGGAAAUAUUUGUAGAUGAGCAGCACUUGGCACGCUACUUUUAUGCCAUCUCAGACAUAAAGGUACAAGGAAGGUGCAAAUGUAAUCUCCAUGCCACUGUGUGUGUGUAUGACAACAGCAAAUUGACAUGUGAAUGUGAGCACAACACUACAGGCCCAGACUGUGGGAAGUGCAAGAAGAAUUAUCAGGGCCGGCCUUGGAGUCCAGGCUCGUAUCUCCCCAUCCCCAAAGGCACUGCAAAUACCUGUAUCCCCAGUAUUUCCAGUAUUGGUAACUGUGAAUGCUUCGGCCACUCCAAUCGAUGCAGUUAUAUCGAUCUGCUAAAUACAGUCAUUUGCGUGAGCUGUAAACACAACACUAGAGGGCAGCACUGUGAGUUAUGCAGGCUGGGCUACUUCAGAAAUGCUUCUGCACAGCUGGACGAUGAGAAUGUGUGCAUAGAGUGUUAUUGUAACCCUUUGGGCUCAAUCCAUGACCGUUGUAAUGGCUCAGGAUUUUGUGAGUGUAAGACUGGAACAACAGGGCCUAAGUGUGAUGAGUGUCUGCCGGGAAAUUCCUGGCACUACGGCUGUCAACCUAAUGUCUGCGACAACGAGCUCCUGCACUGCCAGAACGGAGGGACGUGCCACAACAACGUGCGCUGCCAGUGCCCGGAGGCGUACACCGGCAUCCUCUGCGAGAAGCUGCGGUGUGAGGAGGCGGGCAGCUGCGGCGCCGACUCCGGCCAGGGCGCGCCCAGGCAGGGCUCCCCGGCGUUGCUGCUGCUGCUGCUGCUGGCCGCUGUGCUGGGGACAGCCAGCCCCCUGGCGUUCUAGGCAUCGCAUCCCGCCAGCGGACGGGCCUGUGCCGUGGGGAAGCAAACACAACCCAAGCUUUUGCUACUAACAUAGGAAACACACACCCAGACACCCCAACUCCAACACAGUGUACAAACUACGAAGGCCUGACUGAACUAAGCCAUAUCUACCAACUGUGGACAGCACAUCCGAGUCAAGACUGUUAAUUUCUGACUCCAGAGGCGUUGGCAGCUGCUGAUAUUAUCACUACAGAUCACAUUGCCAGCUGCAGAGCUUAUUGUGAAUUGGAAAGGCUGUGACAGCCCCCGUCCCAAAGUGGAAAGACAAAAACCAAACGAACAAAUCAACCAACUGAGAAACAUUUGCUACUCGAAAGUGGUGCGCCCUCGUACCGCUCUGCCCGGUGUGUGGACCAACCAAAUAAAAGCAUCCUUUGCUGUCAGUGCAUUGUGGGUAAAACAAAAUCUGUUCCAAGCCGCCAUAUUGGCCUGCUUCAGUCCCUGAGUCCCUUCCAACCUGUGCUUUAGUGAACGUUGCUCUGUAACCCUUGUUGGUUGAAAGAUUUCUUUGUCUGAUGUUAGUGAUGCACAUGUGUAACAGCCCCGUCCAAAAAGCUCAAGCCAGUCAUACCGCUGUAUAUCUUAGCAGCACAGCGACACCCCAGUGUGAGCACACACCCACUGUACAAGAGUGGCUAUAGAAAAAAAGAAAGUGUAUCUAUCCUUUUGUAUUCAAAUGAAGUUAUUUUUCUUGAAAUACUGUAAUAUGUAGAUUUUUUGUAUUAUUGCCAAUUUGUGUUACCAGACAAUCUGUUAAUGUAUCUAAUUCCAAUCAGCAAAGACUGACAUUUUAUUUUGUCCUCUUCCGUUCUGUUUUCGUUUCAUUGUGCAGAGAUUUCUCUGUAUGGGCAACGUGCUGGCAUCAAAGAAUAUCAGUUUACAUAUAUAACAAGUGUAAUAAGAUUCCACCAAAGGACAUUCUAAAUGUUUUCUUGUUGCUUUAACACUGGAAGAUUUAAAGAAUAAAAAUUCCCGCAUUAAUGAUUUCAGGAAUUUGUAUUGCAAUUUCUUAAGAUGAAAGGAGCAGCCGCCAAGCAGUUUCACACUCACUUUACUGAUUUCUAUGUGGACUGAAUACAUUCAGCUGACGAAUUUAGUACCCAGGAAGAUGGAUUGAUGUUCACUAGCUUGGACAACUUCUGCAAAAUAUGAGACUAUUUCCACUUGGGAAAAAUUAUAACAGCAAAAAAAAAAAAACUAAGUGAUUGCCGAGAUUAUGCCAAAGCCUGUUGGCAGAGUACUAAGAGACUUUUAUUUUUAAGUCAUGCUAUUUUCACAGAUUGAUGGUGAUCAUGUGACUCUAGGGAUGCUGAUCUAUGUAUCUUUCCAAAUGCAGUGUUUACAUUGAGUACCAUAAGAGGCAACCUGGGGAACCAGGGAAGGAGCAGGGAAUUUGGCUGAUUUAGCAAUUUGAAUAUAUUCAGAGUAAGUAUUUAGAGGAAAUAUCAAAAUAUACAGCAGCAAGUAGACAUAACUACUGUUCCUGAGAAUAAAGUUUGUUCUAAGUACUGCCCAAGGUGUAAUAAAUUCUUGUUUCUGCCUUUUAUUAGGCCAGUUACUGGGUAAGACAGCAAAGGGGAGGUGGGUCGGGGGAGAAGCAUUGCAAAGUUUCAAAGGGGCUAAACCAGUUCAUAUUCCAUUUCCAGCAUACUGCUGUCCUCCAGAUGUGUUAGCAGCAGCAUCUCCUGGAACAGAAAAAACAAUAAUCAGCCCAAGCCAGAGUCUUAAGGACAAUGAAGUCCUACAUGGCUUGGUAGAGCAAUAACCUCUGAUGGUGUUAGGUCAGAAGCUUAGUUCCAGCCUGAAUUCUUCACUCAGCUGCCACUCCUUGCUGAAAUGAGGGAAAAAAAAAAAAAAAAAAGAA